AUGGUGGUUGUCACCCACAUCUCCACUUCCUUCCACCAAAUCUCCCCUUCCUUCUUCCAUCUCCGCCUCCGCAUUCCCGCCACCUCCCCUGCUUCUUCUUCUCGUCCCAGACGCGACGACGGAGGAGGAGGACACGGCGGUUUCGCCUUGUCAAUCCGAGCUUACAUAGAGAAACCCAACUCCUUCUCCAGCUUCGCCAACAAAGUCAUCGGCUCGCUUCCGGUCAUCGGACUCCUCGCCAGGAUCCUCAGCGAUGAAGGCGGCGUCGGAAGAGAUCUCGUCGAUUUCGCCGAGUUUAGGAAACGCGUCGGGAAUAAAUGCACCCCUAUGGAUUCUAGAGCUUUCUACGAGUUCCAACAGCGACGAGGCAAAGCAGGAGAGCCAUUGUAUGUGCUUCUGUGCUGUUGGGUUGCUGCAGUAGGUGCAGGGCUUCUGAAAUCUGAAGAGAUCCUUGAAGGCGUCACAAGAGUUAGCAUUUCAAACGAUCUCGAGUUCGAAGAACAGAACUUCAUUGCUCUCAUGACUGAAGCAAGACAGAGAAGGGCGAAGUUAAACGUUGCGGCGCCAACGAUUCCGAUGGAACUGAGAGUCGAGAAGGCGCUUGAAGGUAUCUAUGCUUGUUGCUUCAGGAGAGGAGUGAUCGAAGAAGAAGACGAGGAGCUUCUUCUGGUGAUGCUAACUGCUGUUUUCCCGUCGGUGGAGAAGUCUGAGAUUGAGAGAAUCAUCAAAGAGAAAGCUAAUAGAGUCGCUGAAGGAGGAGAAGAAGAGAAUCUCACGGCCGAGAAACGUCUUCCCAAAGAAGCUAUUCAAAUGCAAAUGAAGGAUCUUGAGUUCCUUCAACAAAGCAGCAUAGAAUCUUAA